CCUGCGGCUGGGGGUGGGCCCAGCUCGGGAGGGAGAAGCGGCCUCCCACAGGGCGUGAGAGAGGAACUGGGGUCUCCAGUCACGGGAACUCCAGGGCCGCAGGCGGGAAGGACACGCAGUGGGAGCGAUCGCCGGCCGAUCGCUGCACACUGACGGAGGGGUGAGGGAGGACGCCCGGCUGGACCCCGGGGCUGAGAAGAGUGGGCAGAACUCCAAGGAGCGCAUUUGGGCCUCUCCAGGUCGCCCUCAGCAUGGGGGAGCCCCGGCCUCAGCCCUGGGCGCUUGGUCUCCUGCUUCUGCUUCUGCCUCAGACCUGGGGUGCAGAGAAUCAUCUGUCGCUCCUGUACCACCUUACCGCCGUGUCGUCCCCAGCCCCGGGGUCGCCUACCUUCUGGGUGUCGGGCUGGCUGGGGCCGCAGCAGUACCUGAGCUACAGCAGCCUGCGCAGGGAGGCUGAGCCCUGCGGGGCCUGGGUCUGGGAAAACCAGGUAUCCUGGUACUGGGAGAAGGAGACCGUGGACCUGCAGAACAAGGAGAGCCUCUUUCUGGAUGCUCUCAAAGCCCUGGAGGGUAAAGGCACACCAGGUUCCUACACCCUGCAGGGCCUGCUGGGUUGUGAGCUGGGCCCUGACAACGCCUCGGUUCCCACCGCCCGGUUUGCCCUGAACGGUGAGGACUUCAUGGAGUUCCACCCGGUGAACGGCAGCUGGAUGGGUGACUGGCCGGAGGCCCUGAGGAUCAGCCAGCAGUGGCAGAAGCAGGCCGAGGCGGUGGGCAAGGAGCGGGCCUUCCUCCUCAGCUCCUGCCCACAGCGGCUGCUGGACCACCUGGAGCGGGGCCGAGGGAACCUGGAGUGGAAGGAGCCACCCUCCGUGCGCCUGAGGGCCAGGCCGGGCGAUGCUGGCUUCUCCGUGCUCACCUGCAGCGCCUUUUCCUUCUACCCCCCGGAGCUGCGGCUGCACUUCGUCCGCAACGGGCUGGCAGCCGGCGCCGGGGAGGGCGGCUUCGGCCCUAACGGGGACGGCUCCUUCCACGCGUGGUCAUCGCUUACGGUGCAGCACGGCGACGAGCACCACUACCGCUGUCUGGUGGAGCACGCAGGGCUGCGGCAGCCGCUCUCUGUGGAGCUGGAGUCACCAGCCGAGUCCUCGGUACCCGCGGUGGGGAUCGUACUAGUUCUGGGCUUUCUGCUGCUUAUUGCCGCCGCGGGAGGAGCUCUACUGUGGCGAAGGAUGCGGAGCGGGAUGCCAGCACCCUGGAUCUCCCUCCGCGGGGACGACGCCGGGGCCCUGCUGCCUGGCCCCGGGCUGUCCCAGGAGCCCGACGCUGCAGACGCCAAAGGCACUGCCUGACGGCCCGGCGUGGCUGCCGUGGCCAGAGUGCUCGCGUCUCUGCUGUGAGACCCCUGGAAUCCUGGAUCUCUGAGCCUCCCGAACAAGUGCUGGGCCCCGGGUCCCCUCAGAGUCCUCCCCCCCGGGCUCUGCCUCAGUGCCCCUUCCCGACAUCUCCAGCCCCUUUCCACCUCACAUAUAAACACGAGUUUGGGCCCUAA